AUGGCAGUACUUGGGGCUGUUAGCGUUGGCCUCUUGCUCUCUGCCAAUGGAGCCGUGGCCACACCAGGAUUCAGAAAUUCCGCCAGUCCAAGCUAUCGCAGCGCUGAAGUCUGUCCUGAGCGAUGCAGUGUUUCUGGGCCUAGCACGGGGAACUGGUCUGUGUAUCCCAACUUUAAGCAGAUCAAGAAAUGCAAACAGACCAUGUUCUACGACUUUUCUCUCUACGACCCUGUUGACGACCAGGCUAAGAAUCACAAGAUCCAUGCUUGCUCGUCUUUCGGUCCUGAUUUCUCGCAGAUCCCCGCUUUGGGCGCACGGAUCGCUUCCGUGGAGUCUGUUGAUGUUAAGUUUGAGAUGGGGUGGUGGAAGGAGGGGUUUGGGCUUGCGACUUCGGGACUGCGGUCACUUGUCAAGCAGAUUCGUCAGUAUGCUGAGAAUGGACAUGGAGCCGCGGAUAGGCCCUUUAUUAUCUAUGGCCAGUCUGGUCAGGCCACCAUUGGUCUCUAUAUUGGCCAGGGUCUGCUGAACCAAGGCCUCAGCGAGUCUGCCUUAAAGAUCUUCCAAGAUAACCUCGAAAACCUCAACGUUUCGACACCGAGUUUAGCCAUGCAGCUCUGCGAGCAGAACUAUGACAGCACACACAUUUUCGGAGUCAUGGCCAUAAGCAGUGGUACGUUCACUCCCAUCCAGGACGCUAUUAAGUCUUGGGCCAACGCGACGUGCCUGUCGUUCGAGGGGUCCACCAAGUUUCCUGGCCUGGCCAUGUUUACCACGCCGCGUCUACACGUGAAUCCCACCAUUACCACCACCAACUCAACUGCUGUGACUAGGAAGCUCCACGCUCGUGCUGAGUGUAGCACGGUCCAGGUUGAAUCUGGCAAUGGCUGUGCGGACCUGGCUGCAAAGUGUGGUAUUUCGAGAGCCGACUUUACCAAGUACAACCCUGGCGAUAACUUCUGUUCGACAUUGAAGCCCAAGCAGCACGUUUGCUGCUCCAAGGGAGACCUUCCGGAUUUCAGCCCCAAGCCUAACAAGGAUGGCUCAUGCCAUACAUACCAGGUCAAGGAAAAUGAUAACUGCGACAAUCUCGCUGCCGAGUACAGCCUCACGAAGGAAGAUCUUGAAGACUUCAACAAGAACACCUGGGGCUGGAACGGCUGUAAGCUUCUGUUUAAGGACAUAAUUAUGUGCUUGAGCGAAGGUACUGCGCCUUUCCCUGCCUCGAUUGCCAACGCAGUGUGUGGUCCCCAGAAGCCAGGGUCCGAGCCGCCCACCGAUGGCUCGGAUAUUGCUAAUCUCAAUCCCUGCCCGUUGAACGCCUGCUGCAAUAUCUGGGGGCAAUGUGGUAUUACCAAGGACUUUUGCAUUGACACCAAUACCGGCGCCCCGGGGACUGCCGAGCCGGGCACCUACGGCUGUAUUUCCAACUGCGGGAUGGAUGUUGUUAAGGGCGACGGAACCGGCGCUAUUAAGAUUGCCUACUAUGAAGGUUACUGCUUGAGCCGGGAGUGCCUGUUCCAAGAUGCCUCCCAGAUCGACACCUCGCAGUAUACACACAUCCACUUUGGCUUUGGCACGUUGACACCCUCCUUUGAUGUUGAGACUGGUGAUGCGCUGUCCUCGUACCAAUUCGGUGAAUUUAAGCGUAUCUCUGGCGCGAAGAAGAUCUUGUCGUUCGGUGGCUGGGACUUCUCAACUAUGCCUGAUACAUAUCAGAUUUUCCGCAAUGGAGUCAAGCCUGAGAACCGGCUUACGAUGGCUACGAAGAUUGCAAACUUUAUCAAGGAGAAUAACCUUGAUGGCGUCGACAUUGACUGGGAGUAUCCCGGGGCUCCUGAUCUUCCGGACUUCGAUCCCGGUACUAAGGAAGAGGGUCCUAAUUACCUCGCCUUCCUUGUUGUUCUUAAAAACCUCCUGCCCGGUAAAUCUAUCUCCAUCGCCGCUCCUUCCUCCUACUGGUACUUAAAGCAGUUCCCCAUCGCGCAAAUUAGUAAGAUUGUGGAUUACAUUGUCUACAUGACCUAUGAUCUCCAUGGUCAGUGGGAUUCCCACAACAGUAACUCCCAAGAGGGAUGUGACAGGGGUAAUUGCCUGCGCAGUCAGGUCAACCUGACAGAGACCAGGCAGUCAUUGGCGAUGAUCACCAAAGCAGGUGUUCCCGGAAGGAAGGUAAUUGUCGGUGUGACUAGCUACGGGCGAUCCUUUAAGAUGGCCGAGGCAGGGUGCUGGGGCCCCGACUGUAUAUUCACCGGUGACCGGCUGAAUUCAAAUGCGAAGAAGGGAAAAUGCACCGGCACAGCUGGGUACAUUGCUGACGCUGAGAUUGCUGAGAUCUUGAACAAGCCAGGCCGAGUUGUUAAACACUUUGUCGACUCCAGCAGCAACAGUGACAUUCUUGUCUAUGAUAACACGGAAUGGGUCGGCUACAUGAGCGCUGCAACCAAGAAGACACGCACAGCCCUCUACUCCGCCUGGGGUCUGGGAGGCACCUCUGACUGGGCCAGUGAUUUGCAGAAAUACCAUGAUGUGCCCGGACCGGCAACGAGCUGGGGUGUGUUCAAGCAACUCGCCCUCGCCGGGGAAGACCCCAAGACGGACCACACGCGGAACGGCAACUGGACCGAAAUGGAUUGCACGCAUAAAAUGAUUGUCGACUCUACAUGGUACACGCCCUCUGACCGGUGGAAGACUUUGAACGCGGAUGCUGCAUGGGCGGACGUUGUUAGGAUCUGGGAAGACACGGACGAGCCAAGACACGGGAUCAAGUUUAUGCAGUCGGUCUCAACUACCCUCCAUAUCGGAGCUGAGGCCAACUGCGGGGAGUUGGUCUCGAACAGCUGCGUCGCGAAGGACUGCCCAGAUGGUGCGAACGGUGACACGUCGGGACCCGCGGCGCAGCUUAUCUGGAACUCGCUGGUGAAAAUCCAUAAACUAUACGCGGACUAUCACAAGACUCUGUUCGAGGCCGCAGCGAUUGGCAGCACAGCGCUCGAUGAUCUGGAGAAUAAAUUUGCGCCGAUCCCGCCCGAGGAGGACAAUACCUGGCGCUUGCUGCUUAUUGACCUUAUCACCCUUGGAGCCCUCGGGACUGCUGGGCCUUUCUUCAACACGGCCCUUAAGAACCUCCCUUAUUUCCUCGAGAAAGGAAGCACCUUUGACAAUGUCAAGGAUACCACCAUGACCGUGAUCGGACAGGGUACAACCAUCGCCAAGGACGUGUUACCCAGUAAGGACGCCCCAUGGAAGCCGGAGGCACAGGAUGAAUUCUCAAACUAUAUGGGGCAAGUCAUCAAUGGCUGGGCCAAUGUUACCUCUCUUGCACUCGAGGAAUUAUUCAACGGAAGCCCGGAGUCGAUCAAGAUCCUUGAGGACACCAUAUCCAACGGAAAGCUCAUCGAGGAUGGUAAAUUCGAAUCAGAGCCCCGAGAGACCGGCAAUGUGAAGAAUGAGCUACGAGCCAAUAUUCAAAAGUGCUUCUUCGGCUACUCCAUCCCUGCUCUCUGGCAGGUUUCGAAAGCCUACGCCUUUAUCAUCGACGCUGGCCACGGGUGUGAUGAAGGAAAGCAACUCAGCAACUACCUCGACGACGACACCAUGGACGCCACAGGCGCCUGCGUCGACGGGCGACAAUACUACCUCGCAUACCCUGACGGUGACGCCGUAGAAUGCCACUGCGUGUACCACGACGGAGGACACUGCGAGCGCGUAUGCGUAGACAACAAAUUCUCUGCCCCCCCAGGCCUCGACUCCCUCGGCAACGGCAACUUCGGCGGCAUUACCAGAGACGACCUGAUUAAGGGCUCUGUCCGCACGUGGAUGAAAAACGGCAAGGAAAACGGCGGCGGCUUCGCGGACCCGACUAACGAGGGCACAAUCGACAACCUGAUGGACGUGGACGUCACAACGCCCGGAUUCAUGCGUAUUCCCGUCUGUAGCCCCGAGCGUGCCUUUCAAUCCUGGGACACGGCCAAGGCGGGCUCGAGCGACUUCUACCCCUGCGAUAUCCCGCCGGGCAAGGACACCUGCGGGGACUCGACGUUUGUGGACCAGACCAGCGAUGCGUCACCUAGUGUAGACGACUGUCUUACCAUUAUUAAGAAUAUCGAGGGCGACGCUAGCACGGACUGGACCACCCAGGUUGUUGGCAAAAACCAGCGCAAGGUUGCCUCGCAUGGUUCUUGUGCGUUUGGCGUGGAGGCUACCAAGGUGGACGGGAAUGUGAACUUUGUUGUUGGUGGGCAGGAUGUUAUUGAUAUUAUCAACGACAGUAUUAAGCAGUUUGCUAGGGAUGGGAAGGUUGGAGCGAAGGGGAACAUGGAUUGUAAUGGCAAUAUCAAGAGUCAGCCGGUUCUGUGGGGGCUCUACUAG